UUAUCAUCUGUCCUUAACAUAAGAAACAGACUACCUAUGUACUUGUAAGUUAGAAUUAAGUAAAAUGGCGAUAAUGUCAUAUUCAUCUGAUUUCUACGAUAUUUACAGCAAAUAUUAAGAAUUUCGAAAUAUCGGAAUACAUGUAAAAUAUUUCUGUUACAUAUAUGGAACUUGUAUGCGUUGUAUUUUUUUUUUUUUUAAUUUCUUAUUAGCUCCAGCAGAGAAGAAUGAGUAUGAGUUGGCACGUGACUACGGUCUUGACAUCAGUAUGCCGGAAGCGAACUUUGCAGUGGCUUCCGCUGCACAGAAGGAGUAUCAGAAACAAUGCAGCUUCCUGUAUAGAGAUUUUACGAAAAACAUGAACUCCCACAUAAAGCAAGAGCAAAAACUUAGACUAGAACUCCGAAACUUAAAAAAAGAAAAAAUUCUAAACAGCCAAUACUCAUUGUACCGUACGGACGGCAAAGAUUUGUUUUCCACCGCCAAAGCGAAGAGAGAGCUGCUGCUUAAGAAUAACGAAUUAUCCAGCUCUUUCUUUGAAGAUUUAUGUUUUAAUCCAUGGGGUCUUGAUUCCAUCAUAGACGAAGAUUUAAUUCCUCCUACAACUUCCCCGGAUCAGGUGAACGAAGGAGAAUUCCAAACGGAACCUUGGAAUAAGGGAAGCCUCGAAACAGAACCUCAGUAUGACACCGAAAACUUCCCGCCUAAAUCUGAAGUAGAGCACCUCCAACAACCGUCUCUAGCGAUCAAGCUAGACGCUAAGAAUGUCAAUACUCCCGUUGCUAAAGUAGAACAUCUUUUGCAAUCCCAGUCUCAUUCACUUUCUGUACCACCUAAAUCGUCAGACCCCCUAAAUCUGACACAAAGGAGCCUCCCUGUCAAACUACCUGAUGCCUCCAAACCGGAAAUCGAUAUAAAUGAGCAAGAUACAGACACAGCAGAAAGUGCAUGUGAUGGUGAAGUGGACAUUCAGACGGAGAGGACACGGGCCAGGAGUAUCGUCAUUGACAGAAAUAAAUUUAUAGAGCUUCAGAGAGGAGAUGUCAAUGUCAAGCUUAGAAAUAAGAAUGGGGCAUUCCUCGUGAAACCCGUCAAACUCAGCUACGACCCAACGGGAGUUGAUGCCGUCUUUGCUGCCAAAGAUCCAUCAAAAGAACGAAUAGCAUUAGUUCGACAGAACACAAAUUGGAAAUCUCCAACAGUGUCAGCCGAGCUUAAGAUUAACAAUAGAAUAGCCAUCCAAAAAUCGCUUGUAGGAAAAGCGGCGAAAAAGACCACAGUAGCCGAAAUCUUCAACAGUGCUAGGGACAGGAAAACGCGCCAUUUCAGAAUAAUAUCAAAUUCUUACAAAAACGAAGAAAAUGGCGAUGAGUCAAGCAGAGACAACAAAACGCAAAUGAGGCCAGCAUCUUCUCCUAUAGUAAAAUUCCCAAGUACUUCUGAAAAGGUAAUGAGAAAAACUAACGUUCUUAAAAGCAGAAAAGCAGAGGGGGGACCACCUGUUAUUAUCCAUGGAGCAUUUACGGAGAAGGUUUCUAAGAAGCAGGUUCCUAUCGUGUCCCGAGAAAACAGCUGGAAUGAUUCUUCUGCAGCACCACACAUGAAAGACAAUCUCUCCAGCUCAGUGAACAAGAGGAAUUGUGAUUCUGUGAACUCCGUGGCGCGACCUGCCUCACAGGGCUCCAUGGAAAGUCAUAACGUGUUAAAUACUUCCGGUUGUCAUAGAGUGACCUUUGCAAGACGAGGUUCACAUGACUUAUCUUCACAGCUAAACAGAUCUGCCUCCUCUAUGUCAAUGAGAGAGGGUAAUGUACAGUUCAUGAUGAGUGAUUCCGACAUGAACAACAUGCUUCAGAGGUUGAUUGCAGGAAAAGGGGAAAGGGGGGAUUAUAGUACAGAGCAAACGAAGGAGAACAUGCCGGAUGUACAGGGUACAAUCAAAGCAAUGACGUUCAUCAAACGCUUGAGUAGAAUGUCGAGCCGAAACAAAAGGAACACUCCAUCAGAUAUCGCCUCUAGCAUAGGAACUUUCCCCAGGCGUGUCGCCAGUCGUCAAGACACCAAUCAACUCAUUAAGGAUGCAAAACAAAAGGACAGUGAAUAUAAUGAUACAAUGAACUCCAUGAGGCGCAGGGUGGCGUUAGGGGCUUCGAGAUCCAGAAGUGGCCUGAAAUAAUCAUACAGUCAGGUUCAUGCCAAUCGAUUGUAGAGACAGCAAUUGGCACCAUGAUGUGUUUGAAUAUUUAUGACGUCACCAUCAGGGUUUAUGAUCUCAAUCAUUCACUGCUACUGUCUUUUCAUUCCUUGUUAUUUUAGAAUAUGAAUAGAUUAAAGAGGAUUUGCUUUACGGUU